AUGGCGUUCCAGCAUCGCCGCCAGUCAUCCUAUGAGGGUGUUCUUGAUCUACCCGGUCGCGCUCAUGUUCCAUUGCAGUCUCACCACUGCCAUCAGGCAUUCUUUGAGGGCCUUAUCAACUAUUCGUCACUGGCGCCCUUGACUGUGGAUGAACGCUCUCGCGCCCAAGGGGCAUUGGACAGGAUUAUCAAUCAUCUUGCCAAUCACAGUGGUACCAAGGGUGGAUAUACUCGCCAUUUACUUGUCCGUCAUACCUAUGACUAUUCGCAGUCUGAGCUGUCCAAGGAUACAUUCUUGCGAGUUUUCUUCAAUGUUAUGGGGCUAGAUAUCAGCAGUGAUGAAGAUAUCAACAUGGAUGAUGAUCAGAUGCCUUCAAAAUUCAUUGAUUUUGCAGACGUACUUCUCGAGCAGUUCUUCUUCCCAUUGAAAGCAGGUGGGAAAAUUACUCCACAGCCCUCUCCUGCACAUCUUUCAGCAAUCCAAAGUGUACAAUCACCACAUGAGAUUGUUGGCACCUCAGAGCGAGUAUCAUACAUUCGGGCUCUUUGCCUCAUUCGUGACCACCACCGUUGUGUGAUCUCGCGAGCUUUUGACUCGCAACAGGCGAUAACACGAAUGAUGCAGCAUGGUUCAAAUGCUCGAGAUGAUGAUGGGAAACUGUUUGAAGACAAUGAAAUAUUAAGGUUCCUGGAAGUGGCUCACAUAAUUCCCCAUUCCCUAGUACAAGGAAAUGAGAAUUCCGAGCUGAGUGAUACCAAAAAGAUGACGCUUAUGAUUCUUAACAUGCUCGACUGUGAUGUGAUUCAUCUCAUUGAGGGUACGCACAUUGAUAGCCCACGCAAUGCUAUCAGCCUGACUAUUGAUUUCCACAAAUACUUUGGCAACUUCGACAUAUACUUUGAACCUAUUGCCAACCAAGAGCAUACUUACCGCAUUGACAGUUUCCUCCCUCCCAUCUUUACAGCGAGUCUGGGACUUCCUGUUACUCGCAAGCUCCUUCUCAGCGGAGGAAGGGUGAUGGAUGCUCCGUUGCCCAAGCUACUUGCCCUACACCAGGCCAUUGCUCAUAUCCUUCACUUGUCAGGGGCGGGUGAAUAUAUUGAUAGAAUACUCCGGGACUUUGAGGAAACCGGUGUGCAAGAGGAUGGGUCAACAGACCUGGGACGUAUUGUGAACCUGAGACUUGGUGGUUGGCUAGAUGGUGCCGUUGAAGCUCACUAA